UACCAUUUUGUUACCGGGCGAGUGAAUGAACGUGUAGAAGACCUCGCCCAAGAAGUGAUAUCGAAACUACUAAGCCCUCAGUCCUCUCCGUCGAAUCAAAUCGUCGCCAAUUGCACUCUUCUCGCUUGCGUCAUGAUCGGGGUUCAAUUCGACAAGAAGGAUAUAGUUCGGAUUGAUAAAAGGUGCCAUUGACUUUUUUGGUAGUUUUUCUGCCAUCAUUAACAAUGAAAUUGUGUAGUUCUGCUCUGCCUCAACUCGCGCAGUCCCUUUUGACGCAGUUCCAAAAGGUUCUCUGGGCAUGUGAUGGAGGCGAUGUCGACAAAGAUACCACAGGAGUCGCACGCCGGGCAUGGAAACUCCUCGACGUUAUCUGUCCCAUUCUCGAGCCUGCUCAACGCCACUAUGUUGCUUCAUCCCACACGAUGCAGAACCUGGACAUGUGCAGCAAGAUUUAUUCACAAGCGAAGUCAUCCAAACAAUUUUAUCCCUGGAAGUUCUUAAGAAAUCUGCGAAAUGCGCUGCACUUCACAUUCGCUGCUGCGGGCAUAUCCCGAGACCCUGGCAGAUUGUGGUAUACCCGGGUUUGGCGGGGUGAUUCCCCCUCGCCAGAAAACUUGGACUGGCUGGUGGACUGCCUCGACUACAUUCAUUCCCACGACCACGAGACGACAUAUGACAUCCUUUUGCUACUGGGUAACCCAGGAGUCCGCUGCAGCACCGCCAAACAACAUAAGUUUAUCAAGAGCCUCGUCGCCUGCAUGGGCAGUGGCAAGCCUUACAAUUUACGUCAUGCCGCUCUUCGUGUUGUUCACAAUAUCCGACAAGAAAUGGCAUCGAUCCAUGCGAUUAAUGAUGCAAACGUACGGGACAUGGUUUUGACAGAGCUCUCCCCCGCUAUUCUGACCGCGGUUUAUCCGCGACCAGAUUCAACACCUGCAGAUCAUGGCCCUGACGGCGUUUUCGAUUAUCACCGUGACGAGUGCUAUCUCGAACUGGUUUUUGCCCUCGCGAGGAAUUCCAACUGGCACUCCCAUUUAUUUGGGGAUCACCAUAUAGACCGGUGCAUCAGCAUGAUUAGAGAGGUUCGCUUCAUGCCGCAUGAAUUUUACCUAGCUGGCAUCCUCCUCCGAAUCGUACCUGAACAGUUGUCGCCCACAUCGCUCAAUUCUAUUACAGACCGGCAGUGGUGGGUCAUGAUGAGCAGUGCAUGGAGGCAUGCACGCAUAAUUGACGACAUACACUAUUUCGAGUUCCUUCCCGACCUUGUGGAAGGCACGAAAAAGUACAUGGAGAUUGCUUCGAAAUCUGAUCUCAAAGAUCUCAUCAGAUAUGUGGACUAUACUCUCACAACACUGGAGGAGCGAGAUUCAGAGCAAAGAGAGCAGGGAGAGCAGGGAGAGGGGGUUGCCGUUGCGGUGAAAGAAUUUAGGACUGUGGCCAGCGACAUGCUUGACAAGAUGAUCAAAAGUGAUGAAGUUAUUAGUCCCUGAUUAUCACGGUGCCUGCAUGUUGUGUUAGGGUCCUGCGACCAGAGGAAGGGAUGGCGCAAUGCGGGUGUGGAAGGGGAUCACUAUGAAAAUCUAAACAUUGAAGAUCAAUUUUGGAUCAUCAACUACUUCUGGUUAUGAUUAGUCGUUUGUGUCAGUCAUUAUCACCCUCACGAACGCUAUGUAUGUACAUCUUGAGUGGCGAGUCAACCCUGUAUU